UGCUGGGCACCGUCCGCUUAGAGCUGCUGCCACCUGCGCCCAGGUCGCCCGCGCGCACAGCUCCCGCCCGGCCAUGCCGUCCGCCGCGCCCUGGAGCCCCAGCCCGGGGACGGGACUCUGGGACUACUCGGGGUCGGGCGCCCCGGAGGAGGACGACGAGCCGUGCGCGUCCGGGGAGCUGCCCCACGCCCGCGCCUUCGUCCCCGCGCUCUACCUGGCGGCCUUCGCCCUGGGCGUGCUGGGCAACGGGCUGGUGGUGCGGCUGCUGGCCUGGCGGCGCGGCCCGCGGCGGCUGGCGGACACCUUCGUGCUGCACCUGGCGGCCGCCGACCUGGGCCUGGUGCUGACGCUGCCGCUCUGGGCCGCGGCGGCGGCGCGGGACGGGAGCUGGCCCUUCGGCCCGGCGCUCUGCAAGCUGAGCUGCUUCGCGCUGGCCGCCUCGCGCUGCGCGGGCGCGCUCCUGCUGGCCGGCCUGGCCGCCGACCGCUACCUGGCCGUGGCCCGGCCGCUCCGGGCGCGCCUGCUGCGCUCCCCGCGGUGCGCGCGCGCCCUGUGCCGGGGCGCCUGGGCGGCGGCGGUGCUGGCCGGCGUGCCCGCCCUGGUGUCCCGCGACCUGGAGCCGCUGCCCGGGGCCCCGGGCAGCCAGUGCGGGGAGCGGCCCUCCGACGCCCUCCAGGUCCUCGGGCUGCUGCUGCUGCUGCUCACCUGCGCGCUGCCCCUGGGAGCCACCCUCUUCUGCUACUGCCGCCUGGCGCGCCGCCUGCGCCGGCCGCCGCGCCUCGGCCGCGUCCCCAGGGCCCCGCUGCGCCUCAUCUGCGCCGUCGAGGGCGCCUUCGUGGGUUCCUGGCUGCCCUUCGGCACCCUGCGCGCCGUCCUGCACCUGGCGCGCCUCGGGGCGCUGCCGCUGCCCUGCCCCCUGCUGCAGGCGCUGCGCUGGGGCCUCACGCUCGCCACCUGCCUGGCCUUCGGCCACAGCUGCGCCAACCCGCUCAUCUAUCUGCUGCUGGAUCGCUCCUUCCGCGCCCGGGCCUGGCGCCUGGCGCACGGGCUCAGUUCGGCGUCUUCGCGCUCCGGAGACCCCAGCGCCGACGCCCGGGGCCUGGCCGAAAACGGGGUGCGAGCGCUCACGGCGAGCCCGGCCCCGGCCGGCCCCUAGCGGCUCCAGCCCGCACAGCCUCGGCCCCAGAGCCUCCUUCACCGACUGUCCCAGUGCUUCCUGAGCUCGUCCAGCCAGGC